AUUUCCCUCUACUCUUCUGUCUUCACUCUUUUCUCCCUCUCUCUCUCUCUCUCUCUCUCUCUCUCCUUCAAUUCGUUACCCAAAUCUCCACCUUUCACGAGAAAAAUAUUUCCUUGAUCCUCCAAUGGGGACACACCCCGUGGUGCACCAUAAAUACCCUUUAAUCCUACCUCUCUCUCCUUGCUUUCUUCCCUCCACUCUCUCUCCUCUUUCCCGCCAACCUCACUCACUAUAACAAUAACAUCUCUGUCUCUCUCUCUUCCUUACCCCUUGCAAUAACCACCCUAAACCCUCCCAUCUUCUACACCUAGCAAAUUACUGCCAUCAACUUAUUUUCCUUCAUCACCCACCACUCUCUAUUUCUCACUUGCUUCAUGCAAUUAAAACUACCACUACCACCUUUUUCCAUUUCCUCACUCUUUUCUUCACUAAAAUGAGUGACACACACCAAACUUUCAUGUCCGUACAACCACCGCUGAAUCUCCACCACCCCUUUAACCCACAAGCCUCAAGCUCAAAUUUUGACGGCGACCCACCAUGCAAAACCGCCGCAAAAACCAAACCUCCGCGCAAGAAGCUACUCCGGGUAAUUCUCACCGACCAUGACGCCACCGAUUCUGACUCCUCCGGUGACGACGACGACCCAAAAAACCCACCGAAACACAAAAAGGUGAAAAGACAAAUCACCCACAUCACCAUAAACCUUCCCUCUUUCUCAGAAGCCCCAACUCCAGCACCAAUACCAACACCUUCUUCGUCUUCUUCUAUUGAUCCGACCCGUUUAACCCUACCCAAGAAACGACCCGCCGUGCCUCGUCGCCGUAGCAAGUUCCGCGGGGUCCGGCAGCGGCCAUGGGGACGGUGGACCGCAGAAAUCCGUGACCCGAAUCAGAGAAAACGGGUCUGGCUCGGAACGUUCGACACGGCGGAGGAAGCCGCCGCCGUGUACGACGACGCCGCCUUGAAGCUCAAGGGCCCCAACGCCGUCACUAACUUCCCCCUCUCCGCCGCCGGAAAAACGGAACAUGAUACCGCGCCGCCGGAGGCGGCUUUCUCCGGCGAAGGUUUUUCAUCUCCCACUUCGGUUCUCACUUACUUUGACGGAGACUCGACGCCACUUUACGGUUUCCGUUACGGCGAGGUCGACGCGUUCGGGUUUGACAUCGAUGCGCCGUUUAGUUUGACAGACGUUAACUUAGGGGUGCUGAGUCAGCGGUUCGGGAAGGAAGAUUUCGGCGAGUUUGACCCGGACGAGUUCUUGACGUGGCCGAGUUAAGGGGCGUAUUUAUCAUUUCGAGAAAAAUACAGGGAAUGUUUAGUAAUUCUAAUGAAGUUUUUUUGUCGUAUUCUGCAUUGAAUUCCGAAACUACCCUCGUGACUAAGUUUUUGUGCAGCUUAGUAGAGUGUUAGAGAGCAAUAGAGUGAUCCAAGUAGUAGUAGAGAAUUUUGUCCUAUGUUAAUUUGUGUAAUUAAUUGUAUUGUUAUGGAGAAAAAGGAUAUGAUGGAAAGUAUUAGAAUGAUUCUAUUGUAGUU